GUGGACAUGGGCAGUGAUUCUCCUGAAUACCACUAGAGGGAGUUCACGUAUCACACUUGACAAUAACAGCUCGAAGAUGCUGAAAGUCUCAUUGUUGCUCAAUGUGAAGCGAACCUCGUGACAUUUUUGUGACACUUUCUCGCAUUUGGUGCUUCAAAAUGACUUUAUUUAUGUUUUACAAUAUCAUUGUGGACAUCUUUAUCAUAUGAUAUGAUUGAGUAGUUUGCCCCUUUUUGGUGCUUGUAUGAAAGUGAUGUGAUAGAAUACAAGUUAACAUACCUCCUUAAAAAUCCAAUGGGGAUUAUAUCGUAACGUUUUUUGCAUGUUUUACGAUGUGCUGUGGAUAUUAUGAGUUAUGUUGAAGUGUGUCAAAUGCCAUUGUACUUUGUGAAUUAUGGUUACAAGGAACCUAUGAACAACAACCCCUGCGUAACUUUUCAUAUGUUAAAUAAAAACAGAAAGGUGGGACUCAAAUUAGCAAAAUAUGUCCUCAAAUAGCUCUGUCUUGUCUUGUAUUUGAGUGGCGUUUGUAAGUGUACCUCAUGUUGUGGCCGAAGACUGUUUACGCAUUGAUGGUGGCAGGCCAAGCUAAGCCCCGCCUCUUCCUUCCUCGUUUCGCUUGUGAUUGGUCGACUCGAUGUCGGCGCCUCUGGCAUUACGAAAGUCAACUGGGGGGUGGAGUCAAGUAAGAAAGCUGCAGUCCAAAAAAAUGCCUCAUCUCGUUUGCGUAGUUGUGUAAGCUUGGUGCGAUUGAUCGGCGUUUCUCAUCAUUCGGCGUAUUGCUGACGACCGAUCGGUGUCGUUUGUUCCUCCAGCUAGCGUUAGCUAGCGGGCUAACAAACAUGACUACUCGCACCGGGACUCUUGCUGCCACAUGAGGGCACAGCGUAGCAGUCAGUGAAGCAACGCAAUGACGUCAAUACGACCUUAACCCAUACGUGACUGCUGACAUUGGUGGGAGAUAACAUCAGCAUUAUGGACCUGAACACCACCGCCGCCAGUAUCUUUCCACAUGGAGACGGAGACCCAAUGGAUCCCUCUGCUCCAUCAUCCAGAGUAUCCAUCGACAAGCUCCUCCCGGCUCUGCUGAAGUGCUUUGGCAUCAUCCUGUGCGGCUACGUAGCCGGCAGGGCCCACAUCAUCACAUCCAGCCAGGCCAAAGGUUUAGGCAAUUUUGUGAGCAAGUUUGCUCUGCCAGCGCUCCUCUUUAAGAACAUGGUGCUACUGGACUUUGGGAACGUCAUCUGGCCCUUCAUCUGGAGCGUCCUCGUCGCCAAAGCAUCCGUGUUUGCCAUCGUUUGUUUCCUGACACUGCUUGUUUCCAAUCCCGAGAGCCGCUACAGCAAAGCCGGGCUCUACUCGAUAUUUGCCACCCAAAGCAAUGACUUUGCUCUGGGUUAUCCAAUUGUGAAAGCUCUAUACGAGAGCACGUAUCCAGAAUACCUCCAGUACAUCUACUUGGUGGCCCCCGUGUCGCUAAUGCUGCUCAAUCCCAUCGGCUUUGCCUUUUGUGAGGUCCAGAAAUGGAAGGAUCAGAGAGAGCACCAGCAGGGGAAAGUUUUUAUCGUGGGGCAAGUGGUGCUUCACGUCUUGCAGAACCCGAUUGUUUUCAUGGUCGUCAUUGGCAUCGUGGCCCAUUUUAUCCUGCGCCAGAAGAUUCCUUCCUUCAUGGAGGACUUUGUGGAUGGUUUGGCCAACUCCUUCGGGGGAACGGCUUUGUUCUACUUGGGUCUGUCCAUGGUGGGCCAGCUGAAGAAAUUAACCAGGUCCACGGUUGUGACGCUGAUAUUACUCUUGACUGCGAAAUUGUUGCUCAUGCCUCUGAUUUGUAAAGACAUGGUGGAUCUUCUCGACAGCACCGGCCCAUCCAACCACUCGAGUCUCUCCAACUACGCCUUUCUUUACGGAGUUUUUCCCACGGCGCCCAGCGUCGCUAUCUACGCUACAUAUUACAACGCGCAGCUGGAAGUGAUUAUUUCCGGAAUGGUCAUCUGCACUUUGCUCUCGGCUCCAAUCAUGUUUACCUCCGCCUGGCUGCUCACCCUGCGCCGGAUGGAUCCUCGGCUUCUGAUGAGCACGUUGCAAGAUGUCAGCUUUGAUAUAAGCCUCGUCUGUUUCGUGGCACUGCUGUGGACCAUCGCAGUCAUGUUUUGUAGUAAGAAGUUCAAGAGGCUGCCUCACAUGUUCACCACCAACCUUUUUUUGGCACAGUUCCUCACUUGUUCCGGGAUGAUCCUGUGGAAAUUUGUGGUGAGGGGAGACAACUUUAUCGUCCAGAUCCUGUCUUUUACGCUGCUGUGCACGUCACUCUACUGCACUUACAUUUGGCCGGGCUUCAUUGCACUCUCGCUUGUGCUGCUGAGGAGGUUUGACCAUCUGACGGUUUCGUCUGGCAUGAUUGUCAUUGCGGGCUGGGGGAUCCCUGCGGUCACAACUGCAGUGUUGCUGAUCUGUGGGGAAAAACUGCCGGACACCUUAGAUUCGUCGCUCUUUUACAGCAAGCCGCAGAUCAUCUGCAGCACAAUCGUGCUGACCCUCAGUGUGCUGCUCUCAGGGAGUUCACUGGUCAUUCUAAGUCGAGGAAGCUGGGCGCAAAAAGAUCGAAGUCAGGGGGGAAAUGCGUCCGUAGAAGACCUUGCGACCGAAACGGAACAAGAUAACAACUCUUUGUUUGAACCAGAAGACAAUUCAGCAGAUCCCAGCACAGCGUGCCUCAUGUGCGAAUGUCCCCCACCGCAGCCCAUGCCGGACAUGCUCGUCAGCACAAAUAUGAAUCACGCACUCGCAGGUCAAAAUGAGAAUAGCAACGAUUCAAGGGUGUGCCUUGUGUUCAGAGUGGAAGAGCACUUUCGGGAUCAAGAUGGACAAGCGGCCCGCCAUGUGCUUUUGUGUUUGCUUCUGGCUGUUGGCUCGCUAGCCAAUUUGUCCAGCUGCGUGUGGUUGCUCUUGUACCAAGACCCGGGCAGACUUUAUGUGGAGCUGCAGUUCUUUUGUGCCGUGGCCAACUACGGCCAGGGCUUUCUCUCCCUUGCUCUGUUUGGCCUGGACAAACAUUCGAUUCUACUGCCGUUUUGGAAGAGGUUGCGCAGAAUGUGGUGUGGAAAAAGGCAAGAAGAGCAAGCGCAAAGUAACGGGACCGAGGAGAUCGAGGUGACCUGUGCUGACUUUGUCAAGCGCCAUCAAGAGCAGUGUUUCCACGACAUUGUGCGAAAGAGAAGGUGAGAGAAUCUCCUGCUCAGCGCUUUUCAUGUUAAA